AGGGAGGGAGCGGGGGGGCGGGGCGUUAAUAAAAAGCGCGACAGCUCUCCGGGAGCUUCACUCUGGUGGAGGAAAGUGAGCAAGGAGGGUCGGUAGACGUGGCACCAAGUGACACCCCCCCUGUAUUUACCAACAACAGGCUGCCUUGUCCAUCACCCGUACCGUCCGAGCACACGACCUCGCUUCCGAGAGCACUCCCCCCCCUCUACCUCGACUAAUAAAUGCCAAGAGGAAAAACGAAAGAGCCAACCGCCAAGCAUCGCCGCUGCGAAGUGGAGAGAAACGGUCGGACGAACACGUAAAAGGGACGAAAGCAACGCACGGAUCGCCGCCGUCGCCGUUUCUCAAUGCAUACCCUUUGUGCCCGGGGUACGAUGAAGCCAGAGAUCACCGCCGCCGUGGGAUUUCUUUCGAGAUUUCUGCGGGUGAAAGGACACGUAAACGAUCGACAGGUCCAAACGUUCAACCAAAGCUUACAGGACAUUUUGUCAGAGCAAUACAAGCACCACUGGUUCCCAGACAGGCCCUGCAAGGGAUCAGGUUACAGAUGCAUCCGCAUCAACCACAAGAUGGACCCUCUGGUGGGGCAGGCGGGCCAGCGCAUCGGCCUGACCAUCCAGCAACUCUACUCGCUGCUGCCCAGUGAGCUCACGCUCUGGGUGGACCCCUUCGAGGUGUCCUACCGCAUCGGCGAGGACGGCUCCAUCUGCGUCCUGUACGAGUCGCAGCCCUGCCCCGUAGGAAUGCCGGUGAUGGCCACCGCCAGCUCCUCCUCAGGAAACGGCGGGAUGGGGGGCCCCAUGGUGGACAGUCACAUCAGCUGCAAGGAGGAAAUGAUGGUGCUGGGCAGAACCAGUCCCUCCAAAUCCUACAAUAUGAUGACUGUGUCCAGUUAAAGAGGCACACCGUCGCCCCGGCCUACUUUUGUUCUGGGUCACGUCGUGGCUGGUCCGAUUGUCUGAUCCGAUCAGCGAGCCUUUUUGAAGCUAAGAAUAUGAAAUGAAAUAGUGAAAGAAGAAAAAAAAGAAAAAGGAAAAAAAACAGAGGAUGUGGCCUAUCGUCCAGGUGAUGGAAACCUUGUAGGUUUGAUAUUUUUGACCCCCCCCCCCCCCAUUAUCAUCUGUUCUGUUGUCAUUGGAUCAGCUGGGCACUUUUUUUUAGGAGAGGCUUUGUGGAAAUGGAACAGUUGGGGCAGCUAAACAACAACCAACCAACCAGGAACCCCCACGGAGAUGGGCUCCUCCCCCUCCCUCGACUUUAAACGACAUGGUGAUCAGCUCCAUCUCUGAAGGGGCUGUCAUUGACUUUGCACUUUGACUUUACUUUGAGUUACUAUGGGUUCAUGUUCAACACGCCAUCGCAAAACACCAAAACCUAAAUUGUAAGGAAUUUUUUCCUUUUUUAAAUAUCAGGAACAACCCCAUGAAUUAAAAAAAAAAAAAAUCCUGAGCUUUUUUUCUCCAAUAAACUCUUUUCACUUGUUUUGUUUCCUGGGCGGGGGAGGAAGUUGAGGUUUAGACUGAAGCCUUUCACAAGCUCAAGGUAAAGAAACACCCCAUGAGAGCAUCUCUAUUUUCUAUAAGACCCCCUUUUUGGACCACAGGAAAUUAGUUUUCUUUAUCCUGUAGCUUGAAAAAGGCUUUCAGUCUUCACAUUGCCCCCCUCGCAUCAACAAAGAGCCUCAGAAAACCUUCAUCUCGGCGUAUCAAAGUGGAAUGUGUUAUGACACCUGUUACCUGUGGAUACCAGUGUGUCCUGUUGCACUGUCGCCCUCCCAUCACCCACGUGUGUGUGUAGCUUCCCGGGGGAGGGCAGGGGAUCCGUCUCCUGCCCCCCUCCCCUUAGUUAACGAAUGUUGUUGAAAAUCACAAUCCAGUUCCUGUGUUGUUAUUGUUGCCCAGUUUUCCUCCAACCACUUGGUCAUCUCCCGCGUCGCCAAAAAACUCGAAGUGUAGCAAAAGGGGAGGGGGCUAUUUGACCCCAAUCUUGGUCACGUGGCCCUGUUAGAAUUGACGUUGAAUGCACUUUGACGUGAGAUUGUGUGGGAUGUGUACUUUGGAGAGAAAAUCGCCUGCAUUCCAUCCAUUCGAAUGUCAUCUUUUCACGCCGUUUUUAUCGCCCCCUCCCACUUAUAACCGUUUGUUCAUACUGUAGCUCCUACGUCGGGGUAGACUAAUUAAUAUCUAUUAAAUCGGGAGUGUGCGACUCUGGAAUUCAAAACAUGUUUUUUUUUUUUUAUUACACUGUAUUUGUGAACAUUUCAAGAGCUUGUUGAUUUGGAGAGUAUCGUAGGUGGUGUGUUAGAAACGUUCUGUCAUCCGUUCAUAUGGCACUGUUUGCUCUGGCAGGAAGCAGAGAUGCGCUGUUUCUGCCCCUCCCACCCCCAAGACGCACAGAUGGACAUUUGUGUUGCGGAGAGAAGAGGGAGAAAGAAAAGAAAAGUUAGACUAAAAGGUCUGGACUAAGUGAUGACUGUGAGGCCAAAGGGAGGUCUGGAGCGCCGACUGUUAGGAGAUUAAUUUGAAUUUGCCAUUAAAACAACACCAGGCCUU